UAAUGGGGGAAUAUAUAUGUGUUAAAACUUAAUGAUGGGUUGUUAGCAGAAAAAAGAACUGUUGUCUGAAAUGGAGACUACAAUGCCUGUUGCUCCACCCAGAAAAAGGAGAUCGAUGCAAGUAGAAUCUGCAGGACAAGCACCACGUGUGUCUACAAUAACUAUUGAAAGUUUAGAUAAAAAAUUGGAACCAAAACCAUUGAAAUCUGUUUCUCCAUCAAUGUUGAGCUUGGAUGCAUUUUCAGACAGUAUCCGAGAAGUUCUGGGCAAGAAUGUCACCCUGUAUCAGAAGUUUAUGGUGAAACAUGAAGUUAGGCCUGAUAAAUUUGAGAAAAAGAUCAUUGGUCUGACGGGAUGCAGAUUGUUUCUAUUUAUUGUGAAGACACCUACCAAGGUGGAUCAAGAUUUCAACUUUUUAGACAUUCAAGGAUUGGAAAGCAAAAAGAAGAAUCAGCUGACAAUCAGUGUAACAGAUGGCAAGCCUAUCUCUCUGGUUACGCUGGACGCAGAUUCUGAUGACUUUGAUCUCAUGAUUACACACAUUGGCAGGUCUUUGAAAAACAUAUUCCCAGUUUUUCCAAUCGAGAGAUUCAUCAAGAAAAUUGAUGUUCAGCCAUCAGAUCGCCUACGACCAAUGCAGGACUUAAUGAAGGAAAUAGAAAAGAAAGAGCAGGGGCCAUGUGGGGGGUACUCCAUUAUGUAUGCGUGUAUGUGUGACUACCAUAACACAGCAUACAGAGAGGAGGUGGCAUGGGAUGUAGAUACAAUAUAUUUAUCACAGGAUUCAAGGGAGCUAAAUCUGCAAGACUUUGACCAUUUAAGUCUAAAGGAUCUAGUUCCCAUAAUUGGUGCUUUAGAAAACAACACGUGGUUCACAAAAUUAACGGCCAGUAAAAUCAAACUUACUUCAGAUGCCCAGAGUGAGAUUCUGAAAGUGAUGAAGCGAAACAACACAAUAGAAGAACUGGACCUCAGUAGCACAGGAAUCACGGUAGAUUUUGUACAGAAGUUAGCAACAGCCAUUUUAUCUAACACUUCAUCCCAGCUACAGAGAAUUGAUCUGUCCAAGAACUCUCUAGAAGAUAAAGCUUUGGUACAUUUUAUUGGAUCACUAAAAAAUCUGUCUCGGGGACUAGUGCACCUCGACAUCUCAAACACAAAGGUCCUAGGGAAGGGGCUUAAUAAAGUCUGCGAGAGUCUAUCACAGAGUCCAACCAUUAUCCAAUCACUUCACUCCCUCAACAUUUCGGAAAACCCCAGCAAGGGAGAAGACUUACAAUGUCUAUACAAUUUCCUGGCCCAAGGAAACAACAUCACAUUUCUAGAUCUCUCAGGAACAGACUGUGCUUUAGAACUGCUGUGUGCUGCCUUAUUAAGAGGAAGUUGUGCUUCUUUAACUCAUUUAAAAGUUGCCAGGAAUGUGUUUACUCACAAGAAAACCAAAGAUGUGAUUGUACAGGGGACGUGGAAGACAUUUUUCUCCAGUGUUUAUGGCCUGGAGUGCCUUGACUUGUCAGGAUGUAGAUUACCUCCAGAGGCUCUUAAAGAGAUGCUUCUAGGAAUAGCAUGUAAUAUGCACAUCAAAGACCUUCACCUUGACCUCAGCAACAAUGACCUUCAGUCACAAGGUGGACAGGUUUUAGGGAGUUGUAUUGGAAAUAUCAGCAGUAUCACCAGUCUUGAUAUUAGUAAUAAUAAUUUCAACCAAUCGAUAGUGAGUUUACUUGAUUGGAUAAAGAGCAAUCGAAGUAUAAAGUAUCUGUCGAUUGGACAAAACUUUGACAACAUCAAACCAAAACAUAUGACAGCAGUUAUGGAGGGAGUUGUCAACCUCAUUCAAGAUGAAUCCUGUUGUAUAGAAUCUCUGUCGCUGGCCGAUUCCAGACUUCGGAACAAUCUCUCUGAUAUCAUAAAUGCCCUGGGCAGCAAUGUAAGCCUAACAGAAAUUGACAUCAGUGGGAAUCAGAUUGGAGACUUUGGAGCCCGUAUGCUCAGUAAAGCCCUUCAGAUUAACUCCAAGUUAAAAUGCAUUUUGUGGGACAAAAAUUUAGUCACGGCACAGGGCUUUGAGGAUAUAGCUGUAGCUCUACAAAAGAAUUAUGCCUUAAGAAAAAUGCCCAUGCCAAUAAAUGAUGCAUCUGUAGCCCUCCAGAAACAAGGGGAGAGAACUGAGGCUGCCCUUCAGAAAAUAGAGAGUUUACUACAGAGGAAUCACAGUCCACAGAAAUUCUCCUCAGACCAGGCUUACAGACUACAGCAGGGCUUCCUCAUCAGUUCUACACAGCAGAUGGUUGACAGACUUGUAGUUCAGGUUCAGGAUGCUGUUAAUGCCCUCAGUCUGGGCUCCACUGAUGGCUUCCAGACAGAUAUUGACCAGGCCACCAGUGUCAUUAAAGAUGCAGAUAAUUCCAAACAGCUGCUACCUCAUUUACAAAGAAUAGCCAUGAAAUCAAUAGAUACAGGAAACCCAGUGGAGACUGAGUUAAAAGAUCUGACUGAUAACCUGAAAGACGUCCUACAGGCCCAGAUCAAGAAAACAGUUACAGACAUGAUUGAGUGCACAGGAAAUCAAUGCUCAGGAGUUACCUCUGAUAAGGAUUUUAUGUUUGAGUUAGUGUCUGGAUGUUCUGAGAGAAGUACUUUACCUAAAGGUUUCACUAAACACCUGAUGGAUGGGGUAGAAACUGAUAUCUACAACAAAGUUAGCGAGAUUAACUUGGCAGUGGCAGCACACAUAUCUGACACAGUCAUUGAUGGUGUAAUAGAGACAUUGACAGACAGUCACAAGACACUGAUGUCUCACCUGAAACAGAAGCGAUCUGAGGAUCGUCCUGUCUCCACAGAGUCUAAAGAGAAGGGGGUGGAGAAAGUGGAGGAAGCAGAGAAAGUCCCCCUCAGGAUUUCCAUCAAAGCUGAUUCCCCUGGGGCAUCAUCUAAAAGCAGUCAUGAUAAUCUAGAAGUACCUGAAAACAGUUAUAUUGCGUACACGGUACCAUUUCUACAGACACACCCCUACAGUACACCAAACUUAACCAACAAGAGAAAAAGUGUUCAUGCCCGGAAAAUGCGACCACCUACAGUUAUUGAUCCAGGGCAGGUUGCUCAAGCUUUACAAAUUCACCAAGCCAAGGAGAAUGACCUUGAAGAGUCAAAGGUCAGUGAUGUUGCAGAGGUCAAGGGCACAGAAACCAUUAAAGAAGUUGGUUCACAAGAGGAUUUAACUGCUGUAGUAACUAAGCAUUCUGGUGAAAAAUUAGAACUAGAUUCAGUGGGUGAUUUACCAGAUGCUUCUUCAAAACUCACCCAUCUUGGCAAAACACGGCCCAAAGGCCCAAAUCGGCGACGCCCAUCUGCCCGCCCACAGGAAAAUGGGAGGGAGGCCAGUGCUGGACUAAAGGCUGAUGAGGGUCUAGACUCAUUCUUCACAAGUAGUAGCACUGGAGAGAUCACCACAGAUUUAGGGACUCCCAAGUCUAGCAAGUCUGAUAGGAAAGAGAGUGUGGACAAAGGGUCAAACAAAAAGAGUGAACCUCCAGCAAAGCCUACAACAGAAAAACCAAAGAAAAAAGGUUUCUUUGGUAGGAACACAGGAAAAGAUACAAAGGACCAGUCAGAGGAAAAGCAGGAGAAGGCUAAAGGGGGUGGAAUUGGUAAAUUUUUUGCUAAAAAAGCCUCUGAAGUCAAAAGAUCAACCUCAGACAAGAAGGAUAAGACACCUGAGAAACCAGAACCUGCAGCUAAAGGAGAGGAAGUUGGUACUGACAUCCAGGAAGAAGAACCAGAAGCGGAUACUAAAUCAGUCACAGAAAAUUCUACUCCUGAUGCAACCCCUGAGAAAGAAGAGGAAAAUAAAGAUGAGAAGGAAGUAGAGGACACAGCACCUGAGGAGAAGAAGGAGGAGCCUCCCAAAAGACGACCUCCAGUGGGAGGAGUCGGAAUCAUGGGUGGACCAAUGGGCAUGAACUUCUUAUCAGAGAUGAAAGCCAACAAACGAUUCUCCACUCUGAAUAUAGACAAGGAGGAGAGGAAGCCAACAGUUGCUUUACUUCCUCCAGGGAAGAAAUCCCCAUCGAGCAAUCUCCCUCAACCCCAGAAAGAGACACCCAAGGAAACUCCACUGAAAUCGGUGGAGGAGACAAAAGCAGAGGAGGCACCAAAAGUGGAAAAUCCACCCAAAGAAGAGCCGAAAGAGGAGCCAAAAGAGGAGUUAAAAGAGGAAUCCAAGAAAGAGGAGAAGCCCUCCACUGAGGAAAAAACAGAUACUGAGAAUAAAGCUGUAGAGAAAGAUGACACAGAAGACAAACCAACCCAGAACUCGGCUGAGGAAACUAAACCUAAUACAGCUGAAGAAAGUAAACUCAGCCAAACUGAGGACAAUCUAGCAAAGCCAGCCCAGGAUAAUAAACCUAAUCCAGCAGCAAUGUUGGGGAAUGUGCUUAGUCAGUCGAAGUCUAAGCCAUCACCUACUCCUCGGGCAGCUCCAAGGAAGAUUGCUGAGGACUCUGCUGACUCCUCUUCCUCACCACGGUCCUCAAGAACAUCCAGGGAGUUCCCUGUAUCUAAACCCUUGCCGCUGAGGCCAAAACCACCACCCAAAGCUCCCAAGCCAUCAGGCGUGGGUCGAAAAUCGGAGGAAUUCAAACAAAAAGAGAGCCCUAAGGAAGGGAUUUUGAAAAAAGAAGCACCUGCUGAGGUGGACAAAAAAUCAGCAAUAAAUUCCAGUCAAGACGAUGACAGUGGAGUAGUAGUGGAUUCCGCAACACUCCGGUUGUCUGUUGGAGAGAAAAUUAAAAGACUGAGCCAGAGAUUACCGGAACCAGAGCCUUCGUCAACUUCGAGCAAAACAAGUUCACUUCCCAAAAAUGUUUCAUUGAAAAGUUCUCUGAAAUCAGAAGUCAAAGAGAAUGGGGAGUCUGGAAAAACAGAUACUGAUAAAGAACAGGAAAAAUCCGAGGAUUCCAAACGUUCUUCUGACUCGGAUAAAUCUGAGACAUCGGGCGAAAGUGCAAUAGAAAACACAGAACAAACUGAUGAAGAAAUCAUGGUUUAAUCAUAUGGUCAUCUUAGUCUUAAAAUAUCAUUAGAGGGCAGGCAUCACUUAUUCAUUUAUUUUUUGUGAAAGGAAGAAAAGAUUGUAUACUGUCAGUGUCUUAUUUUAAAUUCUUGGUUUUAAUAUGAUUUUGAUUUAUAAUACCAAGCCAAAAAGUCAUAUAUUUUUUUUAUAAAGAAAUGUUAUAAAUUGUUUGAUAUAUGUGAAACAUUUUCAAGAUAUUAUGGUAUUUACUAUUAUUUAAAAUCUACUUGUCAGAUUAUUUUACUAAUGAUUGCUGUGGGAGCUGGAAUUUUGUCCAAUUGUUGAUUUAUGUUGCUGGUAUGAUGUUUUUUAGGUAGUGCUUGUGUACUAGAAUUUUGAUGUAUAAUCUAAAUUUGUAAAAAUUGAAAAAAAGAUACUAACUCAGUCAUUGAAUAAAUAAGAAGACUGUAUACCCAUGAAAUUGAAUUAUAUCAAUUAUAUAUGUAAUUGUGCUUAAGUGAACAGAUAUAUUCAAUCUGUAUUUCUUUAGUGCUUAGAGAUACACAUUUACAUGUGGAUGUGCUUUUGUACAGAUAUUUAAAUUUCUUUUUUUUUGUUUAUGGGUAAAAUUUGUUGACUUAUUCUUGUCUACAUAACUCAUUUGAACAUGUCAUCUACAUGUACAGUAAAACUUACAUCUAAAAUCUGGAUCUUUUGUAUUCUGAAAUCUUGCUUAUAACGAUGGAAAUUUUUAGUCCCUUUCAGACAAUAUAAUAUCUUAAAAUGUCUUAUUCCAAAUGCUGUGUAAUCUGGAUGGGGUGUUUAGGUUAGGAAGUUUUACUGUAGUACAUGUAUAUUGAGAGUCUUACUGUCUAAAGUGAAGUUUUCAUGGCAAGGUGGCACCUUUCCAGAACUUUCUGUAAUUAUGUGUACAUGUGAUUGAUUCAGAAUUCAUAGAAAUUAUUACAUUUGUACUUUUGUUUUCUCUUACAAUGUCUGUGAUAGAUCUUUGUAGAAAAAAUCACCAGCUUUGAUGAAUAUGAUCCACAUUUUCUUUUAACUUCACCAUCAAUUACUGUAUAUUAAUUGUCUUACACGUUGUGUUCUUUUUCAUCUUACAUUUGUUUUGUGUAUAAUGUGUAUUUCGUAUAAAGCAAUAAUUAAUCAUGACAAUGAAGUGUACAGGUAGAUGUGUAAUCUGUUGAUGAUAGAUUUGUUCUUGAUCAGAAGCAUAAUCUUUUAUCCAGUAGAGUUUGUAGUCAGCUGGCUGAGCCAGUAACACGGGCACAGCUGAGGCCCCCUAUUUAUCUACAGGUACACUGGGUUAAUGUAUUAUGGUGCUGUUUUCAUUUAUACAUUUAAUAGGUCUUAUGUCCUAAAUUAAUCAUAUACAGAGCUAUGCUUGGUGAGCAAGACCUUGCAUUUGUAUUGUCAUAAUAUUGUUUGUGUAUAUAGUUAUAUUAAAAAGACAUAAAUAAUGCUAGGCAGAAUUCCAAUACAAUACCUCUGUAAUAUUUCAUAUCUAUAUUAAUGAAACGAGUACUUCUCAAAUAUCUACACAUACAAGAAUCAUUAAAAUUACAGUAAUUAUUGAAAUGAAGGAAACUAAAAUCAUCCACAAUAUAUUCCAUCAUUAUAUGUAUUUAUUUAACAAAAAUAGUGAUUGUACAUCAAACAAACAAAUGGUUAAAACAUCCAAGUACCAACCUUCAGGUUGUGAGAUAAUUAGUUUUAUAAAGUAAUAUAGAUGUUAUCUGAGAGUAAGCCAUUAAAUUUUUUCUUGUGUCUAAAAAAUAUCAAAAUUUUGAAUGCUGCUGUCAAUAAUUUACAAAGGAGGGUUAAGCAAUCCACUGUACCUGUAUUAUAGUUAAGUUUCUGUGCUUAAUUAAGAACUGUAAAUUGUGAAAUUUUCAUCUGAAAUGUCUUCCAAUUCAUUAUGCAACUAUACUGUGUCAGCAGCAUUAAAUAAGCUCAAAAUUCAAGAUUAGAUAUGUCAGCUGGUUUUUUUCAGAAUUGAUAAAAAUUAGUUAAACUCGUUUAUUAUUUGGACAAGAUUUUGAUAGAUAUACCCCUUUGACAUUCCUAAUCUACUGUUAAUAUUUAUGAACUGCCUUGACUGUUAUGUUAUUUUCUGUGGUACUAAUACAAGUUAUGUCCCCUUGACUUUGUUAUACGAAUAUAUUAAAGAUUUUUUUAGUGAAUAGAUA